CGGCCUGGCCGAGCCGGCCGGCCGGCCUGGCUCCCCUCCCCGGCCCCGACGGGCGGGCUGGGCUGCCCUGAGGAGGCGGGGAGGGGAGCAGCGGGCCGGCCGGCGGGCGGGCGACGAUGCCGAACUUCUGCGCUGCCCCUAACUGCACGAGGAAGAGCACGCAGUCCGACCUGGCCUUCUUCAGGUUCCCGCGGGAUCCGGCCAGAUGUCAGAAGUGGGUGGAGAAUUGUAGGAGAGCUGACUUAGAAGAUAAAACACCUGAUCAACUAAAUAAACAUUAUCGAUUGUGUGCCAAACACUUUGAGACCUCUAUGAUCUGUAGAACUAGUCCUUAUAGAACGGUUCUUCGAGACAAUGCAAUACCAACAAUAUUUGAUCUUACCAGUCAUUUGAACAAUCCUCACAGUAGACACAGAAAACGAAUAAAAGAAUUGAGCGAAGAUGAAAUCAGGACACUGAAACAGAAAAAAAUUGAUGAAACUUCUGAACAAGAACAAAGGCAUAAAGAAACAAACAACAGCAAUGCUCAGAACCCCAGUGCACAAGAAGGGGGCGAUGAGCAAGAUGAAGACAUUUUACCUUUAACUCUUGAGGAGAAGGAAAACAAGGAAUAUUUAAAGUCUUUGUUUGAAAUUUUGAUUCUUAUGGGCAAACAAAACAUACCUCUGGAUGGCCAUGAAGCUGAUGAAAUCCCAGAAGGUCUCUUUACUCCUGAUAACUUUCAAGCUCUGCUGGAGUGCCGGAUAAAUUCUGGCGAAGAAGUCCUGAGGAAGCGCUUUGAGACCACAGCUGUUAACACACUGUUCUGUUCCAAGACACAGCAGAAGCAGAUGCUGGAGAUCUGUGAGAGCUGCAUUCGCGAAGAAACGCUCAGGGAAGUGAGAGACUCUCACUUCUUCUCCAUUAUCACCGAUGACGUAGUAGACAUAGCAGGAGAAGAGCACCUGCCCGUGUUGGUGAGGUUCGUAGAUGAAUCUCACAACCUGAGAGAGGAAUUUGUGGGCUUCCUGCCUUACGAAGCUGAUGCAGAGAUUUUGGCUGUGAAAUUUCACACUACGAUAACUGAGAAGUGGGGGCUAAAUAUGGAAUAUUGCCGUGGCCAGGCUUAUAUUGUGUCCAGUGGAUUUUCUUCCAAGAUGAAAGUUGUUGCUUCUAGACUUUUAGAGAAAUAUCCCCAAGCUGUCUACACACUCUGUUCUUCCUGUGCCUUAAAUAUGUGGUUGGCAAAAUCAGUGCCUGUUAUGGGAGUAUCUGUUGCAUUGGGAACAAUUGAGGAAGUCUGUUCUUUUUUCCAUCGAUCACCACAGCUGCUGCUAGAACUUGACAAUGUAAUUUCCGUUCUUUUUCAAAAUAAUGAAGAAAGAGGCAAAGAGCUGAAGGAAAUUUGCCAUUCUCAGUGGACAGUCAGGCAUGAUGUUUUUGAAAUUCUUGUGGACCUUCUGCAAGCACUUGUUUUAUGUUUAGAUGGGAUAAAUAGUGAUACAAAUAUUAGAUGGAAUAACUAUGUAGCUGGCCGAGCAUUUGUACUCUGUAGUGCAGUCACAGAUUUUGAUUUCAUUGUUACCAUAGUUGUUCUAAAAAAUGUCUUAUCUUUCACAAGAGCCUUUGGGAAAAAUCUCCAGGGCCAAACUUCUGAUGUCUUCUUUGCAGCCAGUAGCUUGACGGCAGUCCUGCAUUCACUGAACGAAGUAAUGGAAAAUAUUGAAGUGUAUCAUGAAUUCUGGUUUGAGGAAGCUACAAACUUGGCAACCAAGCUUGAUAUUCAGAUGAAACUCCCUGGGAAAUUCCGCAGGGCACAGCAAGGCAACUUGGAGUCUCAACUAAGUUCCGAAAGUUACUAUAAAGAAACCCUAAGUGUUCCAACGGUGGAGCACAUUAUUCAGGAGCUUAAAGAUAUAUUCUCCGAGCAGCACCUCAAAGCUCUUAAAUGCUUAUCUCUGGUACCCUCGGUCAUGGGGCAACUCAAAUUCAACACAUCAGAGGAGCACCAUGCUGACAUGUACAGAAGUGACUUACCCAAUCCUGACACACUCUCUGCUGAGCUUCAUUGUUGGAGAAUCAAGUGGAAGCACAGAGGCAAAGAUAUAGAGCUUCCGUCCACCAUUUAUGAGGCCCUCCAUCUGCCUGACAUCAAGUUUUUUCCUAAUGUGUAUGCCUUACUGAAGGUGCUGUGUAUACUUCCUGUGAUGAAGGUUGAGAAUGAGCGCUAUGAAAAUGGACGAAAGCGUCUCAAAGCAUACUUGAGGAACACUUUAACAGACCAAAGGUCAAGCAACUUGGCUUUGCUUAAUAUAAAUUUUGAUAUAAAACAUGAUCUAGACUUAAUGGUGGAUACUUACAUAAAACUCUAUACAACUAAGUCAGAGCUUCCUACAGAUAAUUCAGAACCCGUUGAAAAUAUUUAGAGACUUUAAAAAUAUACUUUCUCUUACACUUGAUAAAUGUAGGCCAAUUAAUCGAUGAAUAUCUGCCUAUAGGCCUCCCAUUGAAUACAUUAGCCAUCGAUAAUCUCCCUAAUUAAAAUGGCUGCUGUUAAAACUCCUGUGCUUGGACAACCUCUCAGUUCUUCCAGAAAGCAGCUUUGGAAGUGCCGUGUUCCACUUCUGGGUGUCUGGUGGUGGCACACUGGAAAUAGCUGAGUCAUUUUAGACAUUUAUUACUAUGGAUCCAUUUGUCAGGUUUAAGUUAGUAAUGUUUUGAAGAGAUAAAUAUUGAGGAGGUGUGGGGAAAGGAAUAGAUUUUAAGAGAUUUGCAAUGAAGCCCACGAUUGACUUUUAGACUACUAGGAGUUUUGACUAACAGGUGUUAAAAAUCCGUAAUGGAUAAUUACCAGAGGGAAGUUAGUGAUCUCCCCACAUGAGGAUUUCAGUAUCAAUUUGUGUUGAUCAAAUGUACCUAAAGGAGUAAGUGAGCAGUGGAAAGCCCUGCCCAUGUCAUUCCACAUCUAGAUGUUGCUGUUUACAUUCCUUUGUUGAGCCUACAUCUCAGCAGGUUUAUGUUGAACAUUUGUGUUUAAUUUUAAGACAGGGCCAGGGGUCGUGGAUACUGAAAGCUGACUUUUCCUCUUUUUCCAUGACUGCUGCUUUGUCUUGAUUUAUAAGCAAAACCUGGAAAACCUACAAAAGGAAAUGUUUUGUGGUUUAUCUAGAAAUAAUACAGAAAAUAUUGCUAUUAUUUUUGGUGAAGAAAAUCAAUUUUGUAUAGUUUAUUUCAAUCUAAAUAAAAUGUGAAUUUUGUU